AUGUUGUUUGACGCUUUACUACUCGGUCUUUUUCUGGCGAAUAGGCCAUUCCCAGUCUUCGGGAGCGCCUCUGUUGUUCGUGCCGGUAACACGCCUGAUUACCCUGGGUACAACACACUGAGCCUCGUUCGAAGAACCCCCGCCCGCCUGGGCCGACAGCCAAAAGACUCCAAGCAGAAAAACAGCACAUCUUUAGACACAAGUUGGGUCAAUGCUGUCCUCUUCGCGUACACAGGUGAGCAGGAGCUGGGUUCUAAGCAAGGAAACUCUUCAGUUUCAGCCAGCAUUGAAAUUACUUGCGCGACAUGCUAUAUCAAAGGGACCGCUACCACAGAGUUCAUAUAUGACCGCGAAUUCAAUGUCAGCCGCGCUUUUAGCAAUUUUACCAAUCAAGUCAGACGCGGGAUCGACAGCCUGGCAGACGAAACGGCCGAUUACAUCGAGAAAUACAUCGAUACGGUGGCAGAUAAUCUGGAGGACGGAUUUGACAUGGACGAUUUCGAUCUGCCACCAUUGGACUACAACUUGAAUAUUGACAUACCCGAGAUCCCGGAGUUCCGACUUCAGUUCCAAUUUGAUGGAUUAGAAGUAUACAUGUUGAUCGACACAGUCCUCUCGGCUGGUGCCACCUAUACUCUGAACUUGUACACUUCUACUACACCUGCAGGCUUCGCCGUUCGAGACAAUCUGGAAGUUGGUGUUAUCUUCGCUAUUGACCUCAUCCUAUCUGUAGAAGGAGAGAUCAACAUUAGUAGCGGGUUCCAUCUCAGAUUGGAUGAUGGCGCUUUGUUUGACAUUGCCAUCUUCUCCAAAGAGAUUUCAAAUCUGACAAUGCAAAAGCUCAAUAGAAAUGGUGGCGACUUCGAAUUUCUGCCAGUCACUCUCGAGAGUGCCGGUGUUGUGUUCAAAGCUGUUCUUCGUGUUGGUGUAAAGGCAGGUUUUGAAAUUGCAUCACCUGAAGUGUCUAUCGCCGGGAAGACAAUCUUUCAUGUUGGCGGAGGUGUAGAGGUGGGAGUAUUUGCCAACAUUGCCGAGUUAAUCACCAACGUCACUCUUUCCACGGAUGAAGACAACGACUGCAGCCUUCGCGUUGAGGAAGUCUAUCAACUGGCUGUUGGCGCUGCUGCUGGGGCUUCGGUUGCUAUUGAUGAUAUAACAUGGGGGCCAAUGCCCGAAACUGAGAUUCCUGUCUUCUACACUACACUGGGACAUGCUUGUGCCAGCCAACGAAGCAGCGAUGCUUCGUUAUCCAUCACGACAUCCCCGGCACUGGAGGUGAGAGGGAAGAACGAUGAUGAAGUUGAGAUGGAGACAACAACAAUCUCCACCAAAGCCACAUUCGUUGUUGUAGCAUGUCAAUCAGAAGGAUUAGUCAAUUGUCCGAUGUCGCUUCAGACAACGUCGAAGUACACCACUACACGGACACAUGUUACUGUUGUUCCAACCGACAGCGAGGCCGAUUUCCCCGAGUCCGUUAGCCAUACUGUUACGAGCUUGAUUCCAUUCGGAAACGGCGCAAACAAGUUGGUAGCAAUGUCAGGAGUUCCGUCUUCUUAUGUUCCGCCAACCACGACAUCCUCGGCUAAAGAAAAUGGCAAAGAUGAUGAUUCAAAUGGCACAUCGAAUGACAGGUCUGGCGGAGUUUCCAAAAGUGUCAUUAUUGGUGUCAGCGUCGGCCUUGGAGUGCCUUUUCUGCUGGGAGGGAUCGCUGUGAUUUGGCUUUUGAGAAAGAAAAGACGCUCUCUCGCUGGAACAUCGCCGGCUCCCGUUGAAACCGUCGAGUCGACUUUACCGUCUUCGAAGACUCCCGAAUUGAAUCCAGCAUACAGCUAA